AUGUACAAACAGAACCUCGAGACACAGAGAUCGGAGGAACCUAUAUCAUAUAUUAAUCGAGAAGUUGGUAUAAAAAAGAUAGCCAAGCCGACCUUAAUAAACCUGGAUACUAGGCAUGGCAAGAGAGCUCACUCCUUAAACAUGGUUUACAAGAAUACUUUAAUGAUCAAAGGCAAGUAAGUCAUCAGUGAUUACACGUUGCUCAAUUUGCAACUACCAAGGGCGAACUAAGGUAUCAGCACUCCACAGCAAUUGUCAGAACAUAGCUUGCAUCUUAAUAUGUCUCACAGGUUGCUGGUGAUGAUGCUGUUUGCCCUUCCAGAUCAAGAAGUUUUCUAAAUAUAAGCACGAGUGUGGCAACUGAGGGUCCUCUUUCGGAUAUGCAUAAUUCAAUU